GGUAUCUCAAGCUCAUUUGUGUUGCAAUUAAAUUUGGAGAAAUUUUAGUAAAAUAGCUCACAAAAUGGUCAACCCAUUUUUAUGAGAAUAGUAAAGUAACGAAUGCAAUUGUUGACUGGUUGCGCAAAUAUCUAAGCAGACAAAUAGACUGCAACAUAAUUUCCAAAAAAGCUAAUUUCAAUUAUUACAUUGUCGGUUCAGAACACUAACUCCAUGUGUUCGCUCACACUGUUGAGAUUUGACGCUCCCAAAUUUGCUCCAUCGUGUCCUUCUGCUCCCCAGUAACGCCACAAAUCCUCGCGAGCGUAUUUAUGUACAAAAGUUUCGAAAGAGAGCUAGUGAGGGAGAGCAGAAUCGUCACCGAACGCAAUGCGUGAGAGUGUCAACAAAUAGGGUACGAGCAAGAUCAUACCUUAAUGACCGGAUAAAGAGUAAAAUCAGAGCCAAAUAAACGAGUCAACAAAAGAAGCAACAAAAAACACACAUCACCCUCUGGCUCUCGCUCUCUCGAUUCACACACAGUAGAAGCUUCAACCACGCGGUACAUUCGCUCUCUCGCGCGCACGGGAGCAUAACGCGAACGAACUUACCCCCGCCAAUCAUAGCGACGGGUGAGUGUGAAAUUCGCACAGGACUCACAGCGAAGCAACCCCAGCAGCAGCAGCAAGCAGCAUCCAGGGCAAAAAUUGGUCACCAUCGAUUUCAGUCAGGUGUAGUCUGCGUUGCGAACUGGUCGGAAGUGUUCUGCCUUUGCUCUCCACCAGCUGGUCAGCGUUUUCACUCAGUGAGUCUGCCUUUUUUUCUGCCUUUUUUGAAUGGUCAAAGUGAAGUGCAAAAGUGUGUGCGAGCAAGUAGGAAAAUUCGCACACAACACCAAAAAAGAAAAACGAAAGCUCAACAAAGCCCUAGAUGUACCGUGUUUGAGGCUGUUCUCAAUCGUAUCGCAUUCCUGCUACUUAGUCAGCAGAUUUAGUUUCGUGGUUUCGUUUCCGUGGUGCGUGUACGUGUGAGUGUUGGCGUUGUAUCGCAAAACAAAAAAUCAAACAGUUCCGACACAAGAGGAAAUGUUCGCAAACGACCCGACAAACAACGCGACGUACCACCAGCCGUGUGAAUUUUCAUUUACCGCCCGAUAAAUGACGUGAAUAGCGCGCGUACAGGUGCUAGGUGACGUGUUUCGUUCGAAAAUCGGGGCCACUUUUGUGCCGAGUUUUCCACCGUAGACCGUGCAACGAUAGUUGUGACGAAAUAUGUGCACGUGUAUGUGUGUGUGAGUGGGUGAGUGAUUGUGCUUGAAGGGCCUUAAAGUCGGAGUCUCAAUCCGACAGGCAAGCGAAACCUUCCACGGCCGAAUACGUUGAAAUUUAUCGAUACACAAACCGUAAACCACAAACGCGCCGUGCGUGAACGAGAGCGAGUUGGAAGCGAACGGGAAGGUGUUACGAACGUGGGCGUGAUCUUCGAAGGGUACCAGUCGACGGGAACGGUGGAAAACCUCUAAACGCAACCAAAGAAAUUACAUCUUCCAGGAUCCAUAAUCGAACGUUACCAGAAUGGCCUCGGGCCAUUUCUUUUGGGCCAUAUUUUACUUCGCUUGCCUGUGCAGUGCAUCGCUUGCCAACAAUGCCAAAGUUAACUUUCGCGAGAAGGAAAAGAAGAUUCUAGAUCAAAUUCUGGGCGCCGGCAAGUACGACGCUCGUAUCCGACCGUCGGGCAUCAACGGAACCGACGAUAAGGCCACACAGGUGUACGUCAACAUGUUCCUAAGAUCGAUCUCAAAAAUCGACGAUUACAAAAUGGAGUACAGUGUACAGCUUACGUUCCGAGAACAGUGGCUGGACGAACGAUUAAAGUUCGAUGACAUCGGAGGCCGCUUAAAGUACCUUACACUGACCGAAGCAAACCGUGUGUGGAUGCCUGACUUGUUCUUCUCGAACGAGAAGGAAGGUCACUUCCACAACAUCAUUAUGCCGAACGUCUAUAUCCGUAUCUUCCCGUACGGAUCGGUACUAUAUAGCAUACGUAUUUCACUCACGUUGGCCUGCCCGAUGAAUCUCAAGCUGUACCCACUGGAUCGUCAGGUGUGCUCGCUGCGUAUGGCAAGUUAUGGUUGGACGACGGCCGAUCUAGUGUUUCUGUGGAAGGAGGGCGAUCCUGUGCAGGUGGUGAAGAAUCUGCAUCUGCCCCGGUUCACGCUGGAGAAGUUCUUGACCGAUUACUGCAACAGCAAGACCAACACCGGUGAAUACAGUUGCCUGAAGGUGGAUCUGCUGUUCAAGCGCGAGUUCUCGUACUAUCUGAUCCAGAUCUACAUCCCCUGCUGCAUGUUGGUCAUCGUGUCCUGGGUCUCGUUCUGGCUCGAUCAGGGUGCGGUACCGGCUCGGGUGUCGCUCGGCGUUACCACCCUGCUUACGAUGGCGACGCAAACGUCGGGCAUCAACGCAUCGCUACCGCCCGUCUCCUACACGAAAGCCAUCGACGUGUGGACCGGCGUCUGUUUGACGUUUGUGUUCGGGGCACUGCUCGAGUUUGCCCUGGUCAACUACGCGUCCCGUUCAGCGGAUAGGGCAGCAGACAUGCACCGAGAGAAUAUGAAGAAAAAGCGCCGCGAAAUGGAACAGGCCAGCCUGGACGCGGCUUCAGAUCUGCUGGACACCGACAGUAACGCCACCUUUGCGAUGAAACCGCUGGUGCGCCACCCUGGUGAUCCGUUGGCACUGGAAAAGCUUCGCCAGUGCGAAGUGCAUAUGCAGGCCCCGAAGCGGCCAAACUGCUGCCGUAGCUGGCUGUCAAAGUUCCCAACCAGCCCCUUCAAAAAGGUGCCGUGUCUGGGACGAGGACAAUGUUCGCGCUCGAAACGCAUCGACGUUAUCUCGCGGAUAACGUUCCCGCUGGUGUUUGCCCUGUUCAACCUGGUCUACUGGAGCACCUAUCUCUUCCGCGAAGAGGAGGAGGACUAAGCGAGUAACGAAGUUGCAAUAGCAAAACCCACGUAGCAGAAUAGCACCAUGUCCACUAUUGCUCUAAGUGACCGGUUCCAGCAAACACUACGUGCUACGUCAGCUCUCAGCAACCCUAGAUGGUAACGGUGCGUGAGAUGACUUCGAACGUAAACGCAACACGCUUUACAUGCCGACGGUUGGAAGGAUGAAGCAGCAAACGGUCGCCAUGGCAACACGCAUACAGUCAAUCGCUCAACAACAACAUCAACAGUCAUAACGCACUAAGUCUACGAUCGUGCCGUAAAUGUUACGCACGACAAACAAUGUUACGCACAGUUUCAUCAGCACCGCAAUAAGCUCAGCUCAGUAUAUCAACUCACACCCCCCCAAUAAAAACAACAACAAAUCAAGCAUGCCUGUUAAUAUGUAGCACAUAGUUCGGUUUAUAGCAAAAGCAGCAGCAUUUAUGGAGAGAAAUAAAACAAUUAUACCGGUUCACACAAAAUACCCGUUCACUGCACAGCAGUAAUCAACACUUCUAACUUCUCGCCACUAUCAUGGUGAGCUGAUGGAAUCAGGUCUAGUCAUACAAGGACAGCAACACAGUAGAGCCACGUCGCGACAGGAUAAUGUUUCAUUCUAAGGCAGGAUCAUUUCUUCAAGACAGCGCCGAAAAAGGUAGAGUUGUUAGGGGAAUUGCAUACUUUCAGGCCCAAAGGAAAAUUAUUUCACUCUCAUCGUUUAUAUUAAGGUCAUGUUCAACUAUAUGCUCAACUCAUUUUAGUUCACCCAUCGGUCACACAGAAACACGCACACCUAAGUAAACCCCAUGCUGCCAUUUGCUCGGUUUCUUCGGUAGUUUGGACAGACAGAGUGCCUUUAGCUUGGAAUUAGUUCACCUUUUCAUCGGUAAGCUCAACAGUUCGGUUUUGUUUCUAUUCUAUUGUUUUCCUCAGACAAGGCAGGAAGAGGUUGUAACGGUACGGUAAGCACACAUUAAUCACACAAAAAUAUACAUUCAGUGUACGUCCCGAUCUCAUUAAGCUAGUGCCAUAGUUGUUAAAACAUUUGCGGUUGUGAAUGCGGACCGGGACAAAUCACACGUACAAGCAUACACACAAAAACACACACGUUGUCGGUUUUUCUUUGCCAGAAACAAAUCCAUGUUUUCCAACAUUCGUUUGUUCUUUGAAAACCAAAAACAGACCGUUAAACUUGUUCAAAAAUGGCUUAUUCGAAAACGAAAUUAUAGGCACAAUUUCUUGCACUGGGAAGAUUUUCUAUCCUUACUAAGAACUAUACUGCUAAAGCAACAAUCAGACAGAUGUGCGUGCUUUUGUUGUCCUUUUACGUCGCCAAGUUUUGUUUUAUCCUGUUGCUCAUGUUGCAUAGUAAAAAACAAACAAACAAAAGAGAAUUAAAACUACCAAUACAAUAGUAAGUACCCGUAGAGCGUUUGGGACGCAGUCCAACAUUAUGAAGUGCUAGUGCGUGCGAGGUGUUGCAAAACCGUUUGGUAUUUUUGUACAAAAACAAAACGCAUUACAAAAAAAAACAAACGAAAAAAAACUCUAUGUGCGAAACAAGCAAAAGGAAAACAAUGUUCUUUCAUAAAGCUAUAUCCAAAACAAAACAAUUUAAAUACGCAUAUACUAAUGCAGUAAUCACCUAGGCAUGGAAGGGAGGCCACACAGAUAACACAAUGCAAACAAUCGUAUAAACUAUUCACGUGCAGGAAGAUAAAUAGUUCACCAGUUUUCUUAAACGUAUAAAGGCACUAAGCAUUAUAAAAACGAAACAACAACACACACACACCCACACAGCAGGAAGCGAAACACGAGCGAUAAUUAGCGAAGGAAGAAAACUUUAAUGUAGUGGAUUAAAUUAAAGCAAACAAACAAACAAAAAAACCAAGGGGGAAACUCUUUAAAAAAUUACAGGGUCAUAGCUAUUGUUGGCACGAAAGCACAACAUUAAGUAAAACGAGAUUCUAUCAUCACCGCUAACAGAUUAUAAACUGAUAACAAGAUCGUGUAAAGUAUAAGCAGCAAAUGAAUAACAAACAAGCUAUCCAUAGUGAACACUAUGAACAACCACUACACACAGGACACCAGCACGUCAAAAGAAAAAAACAACACACACACACGAUCGCAGCAACCCUAGGGGAUAAAUCUUAGUACUGUAAGCGAAAGACAUGUCAAACAAAUCGAACGAAGAUUAUUUUAGAUGUUAUAAAUGGUAGAGUAUCACUUUACUGUGCUGUGUGCGAAUGCGCGUAUUGAACGGAAAAUGAAUGGAACCGGUGUGCGUGUGUACAUGUGUCCGUGUGUGUGUGUGUGUGUGUGUGUGCAUUUAGAAGAUAAACGAAAGUGGAAACGAAAGUGUGUAGUAAGGUAGAACAAACAAAAUGGAAACGAAAUGGCGUAUGAUGCGGAAGAAAGAAUCGUACCGAAACAAAAAUGGCGCAAGUUAGCUGAUGGCGUGUUAAAGCAUUACCGAAUCAAAACAACAACAAAAAAAACAAAAACCAAAACUGAAAACUGUUCUCUGUAGUGUUUUUUUCUAAGUAAGUACACAACAAGAAAAACAUAAGAAAUCUUUGCUAGAAAGAGAGAGGGGAAGAUAGGGAGAGAGAGUGGAAGAGAGAUGAUAGAGGUAGAAAAACAAAAACAAAAAACUUUAACAAGCUAGAUCCCAGCCAUUCGAUGAGCUGCGUUAUGUGGUUGCACGUGUUUUUAUAUGAAAUUUUAAAACGUAUUUUCUAGAUCAAAACGCUCUAGAGACCGAAUCCUGGAGGGAUCCGGCUGGGUAUGAAGAAAAAAAAAAAUGCGCGAACAGAAUGUGGAAUCAAAUAAGCGAGUGUGAACUAGAACUAGAUCUUCUUCAUGCGCUAGAUAGUUUGUUUUCUUUCCGUUCGUUUCUGUUUGUUGUUUGUUUUUUGCUUAGCAAAUUUUCCAAACAAACAAAAAAUCCACCAUUUUGGGUUCAUGAAACAAUAUACACGGUACGAGCCGGGCCCGUACCACCGAAAGGUUUUGUUUGUUUGUUUCGAGCGAGGGAAGGCGAUCGGAAGUGACACAAAAAUGGUAGUUUCUGCUAGUUCUGGAUGUUAAAACGAUGAGAAAAAAAAUAUAUACGCAGUGUAUAGUUUACAACAUUUUCACGCAGCAUUGCGAAAUUCGUAGUUUCAGCAGCGAACCCAGCAGGUCGCGAACAAAACAAAUCGAAUUUUGCCCACUAAACUGUAUAGUUCGAAUCGGGUUUGUGGUUAUAUUUUGCCGUUGCCGUGGCGACCGUUGUAGGGUUUCGCCCGCCGGACUGAAAUAUUUCCAUUUCAUAAUGAAAGAUUUCAUGCACGCGUGCGUGUGCAGCCGUUGUACGGUGUUGUAUGUGGCCUUCCCUUCUUGUCGGCCGGCUCAUCGGAUUUUAGAAAACGAAGCAAACAAAAAGCAAACUCACCCUGUCCGGCGUUAAUGCGAUAUUAUCGUCGCGUAAUAUUUUGUUUAAAUGUGUUGUGAGGUGUUAUAUGCAUACUGUUAGCCGCUGUUUCUCUGUAUCGCGUUGUAUCACUUCGUGCAGCAAAGCAGCAAAACAAAAAUGGGACGCUCUGUAAGCGCGUGUCCAGGACACGUGUACCGGCGUGGUGCAAGACGUGGGUGCACACAAGCAAAAGCAGAGCAAAACCUACUGAAGUAUCGCUAAUCGAGUGUAAUAAACAAUCAAAGAGAAAAUCUUAUCUACGUAAAUAUGGCAAAAGGUGUCAAACAAUCUGUCUAUAAAAACAUAAAACUGUAGAUUUUCCUACGUGACGUUGGUGUUAAGUGGGGUGAAAGGUAGAAGAAAAAGAAGAAGAAGAAGAAGAAAAAAAACCCUUGUAACUGUGGUGCUGUGCAUUAAACAAAAAAAAAUGAAAACAAAAAAAAAACAACACAAGAUUUUAACGAAAAUGUUAUUCGUAUUCGAGCCGAAUCCCAUACACCGAGAACCAUACGGCCUAGCUGCGUUGGUUCGUAACCGAAAACAAAUAUUAAGCAGAAUCUAACUGAUAGCAGCUAAUUAUAUUAAAGUUGUACGACGAGCAGCUCCACACAAUUGGCAUCUUCCAACCGUUCUGCCAUUGCCACUUUACACGGAACUUUAACGGCAAGUAGGUUUGCCAGCGAGCCACUGAUAUACCAUCAAGCAAGAUGUUGUCCAUAAGAAGCCUAGAAGCCGAACUAACGAUAUACUCUCAAUAUACUCUCCCAGCACACCUUUCUCAGCUGCAAGAGCGAAAAAAAAACACAAACCUAAUGCCCAACUAAUGUCGGUCAGCGUGUUUGACCAACCGAGGGCAGGAUGAAGGACGGUCAAGAUAUCAGCACAAAUGGGAGAGUAAAUCGUGUAGUAAGAAACCCCGUAAUGUACUUGUGUAAAAUAUACUAGUGUCGAAUCUUUGAACGUUUCAUGUUACAAAAAAACAAACAAAAAAAACACACACACACAAAAACUGCAAACACAAAACUCCCCGUGCGGAUGUGCAUGGCAGCGCCAAAACCAAAAACAAAAAAUUAAAUAAAACUAGAUUUAAAAACAAAAGCAAAAAACAAUGAGAUAUAAAUGCCCAUGGUCACUGAUUUCAUGCCGUGGGCACACUGACGAUGGUGGAUCAGUUUGAAUGAGGAUGAUGUCUAUCGAUAAGUAGUAGUUUACUUAAAUGCACGUUUCUCACACGAUGGAAGAAAACAUAUGUGACCGCAGCAGCCAGCCAGAGAGGGAAUACUGUUUCGUUUUAUCGCUAAACCACAGCUCACUGCGAUGCAACGCGGAAAACUGCACAGUAUGAAUCGGCAUGGAAAAGGGAAAUACAAUUAUAUAGGAAACCAGGAACGAACAGGAUGCUAUUGUUUGUAUAGUGAUGGAGGGAGGAAGGGAGAGGAGGAUGGGAUAAUGCAAAACAAAAAAAAAACAUGGGAAAAACAUGAAAAACAACAAAUAAUGAAAAACCCGAUUGAAUGCGAUACACGUGUUAAUUGUUUGACAUUUUGAAAUAUUUCAUUAUUUCGCUGCAUCAGCAUGGUUGCUGCUGUUCUUGGGUCAAUUGUUUCAUACACAAUUAUCUUCCGUUGUUCUUGUUAGUGUUCUUAAUGCACUAGAUCUCUAUCUCCAUGCGUCCCCAUUUGCUAAGCUCGGUUCCCUGUGUCUCUCGUUACUACGCUACAGCGUUUCGCGUUGUAGUUUUGUUAUUAUUACUAUAAAAUAAUGGUUAUACUACAUCAGCUUUACGGUACGUUUUAUUGAUCAGCUUCAUUCGUUCCAUCAGCGUUAUCAAUUAGACACGAUCAGGAAUGCGGCACUGGCUCUCUCUCUCUCUCUGUCACUAGCGCGAUGCAUAGUCUCGUAUAAGUUAGUUUAUAAAUUAGGAUAAACAAAAAAAAACACAAGAAAAGGCUAACACUAAUUGAUUACCGAUAGUGGAGCGCGGAACGUGAAUGAGUGGGAUAGCGAACAAAAAAAAAACACGAGCCGGAACGGAUGAAGAAUUAAGCAGAAAUAAAUUAUAUACAAAAAACCGAAAACACGAAA